AUGUUCAUCGAAUCCCAUAACUUCGUCAAGAAACAUCUGAUGAAGACUUCCCGACGACGUCGUAAAACACUUUUAGCUUUCGGUUGCAAAGACGACGGAGACGAUUCUCCACCGUUUCUUUUCCCUGAAGAAGACGAAGAUAAAGAAGAAGAGAUCUGCUAUAUCGGCAACUGCGACGUUUCCCGUAUCUCACUUGCAUGCGACGGUUUGAUCUGCAUCCCGGGGUCGGAUUCGAUCCAAGUUUGUAACCCGGCGACUCGAGUGUCCCGGAAGUUCCCUACCGGCGAAUCUCUCGUCCCGGCUACGAUCUUACUUCAUGAAGGAACCGGGCGUUCCCGACGGCAACAAGCUCGUUUGGAUUCGGUAAAGAUGAAGUUACGGAUGCGUAUAAAGUCGUUGAGCUACGUGGUCAUCCUCUUGCCUCGCUCAUCGUUGGGGAAUGCAAUGUUCUUGAUCUUCAAACCGGGCGGUGGAGACACGUCAACAUCGUUCCUUAUAUGGUUUUUGUCAAGGAAAGAUCCUCCGUCUAUGUCAAUGGUUUCGUCCACUGGUUCACUGUUGAUCUUUGGGAACCUAACGCUUCAAGAAUUGUUGCGUUUGAUCUUCAUCUUGAAGAGUUUAAUUAGAGUCGUCUCCCACCCAAACCCGAUCUAUUCUUCAGACGAUGGCGGCACUCCUUAUUUCUCGGAGCUUCUCGUCCUCCGAGACCGCCUCUCUGUAUCCGAGAUGAGGAUCACUAAUGUUCCUCAUCCCCCACUCGAUAUCUGGAGCAUGGUCGAUGCAGUAAAAGAAGGAUGGGUUAAGAUGCAUUCAUUGUGUUUAUGCCAACUUUACAAACCACGAUCAAGUGAGAUUCGCUUAUUCACGCCCUUGGCAAUUCUUGACGACCAAGGAGAUGGAGGAGUGCUGAUCGUUUGGAAUUAUCAAGAGUCUUUGUUUAUGUCUUACCCUAAAAAAUGUCCUCCUUAA